GUAUUUUUGGAAGCUCUUGUAUUUGGCAGCAGUAUCAGUCAUACAAUCAGAAUGUGUCUUCCUUCAGCAGUCUCGUCGAGAAGGCGUUUCCAGCAGUUAUAUGCUGUCAUAAGGAAGUAUCAGGUCAAGGUUGUAUCUGUUUGCCAAAAAAAGGAAUAUGGAUCUACUCGAAGUGUUGUCCGUAGACUUGGGACAAUUCUUUCCUUAGAGCCCUACCCCAGACCUUAUUUUAAACUUGUUCAAGACCCAGGUCCGCUGGGUAAUAAUGAGCAAAGCACCGCUCCAAUGCCUGUAGCUCCAUCACUUGCUGAUGUCCUGUGGGUGGCAAAUGAUGAAGGACAAGCAUUUACUAGGCUUCGGACUGAAUUAUGGAUAAAAGAAAAAAGUACAGCUUAUCGUGACCUACAUCCAUCUGCAGAUUCAACACAAGGUGUUCCAAAACACAGUACACAAAAAGACAGUCAUUUUGAUCAAGCAGCACUCCAGAAAAUUUCUGCGCUUGAAGAUGAGCUAACCUUUCUUCGUGCUCAGAUUGCUGCAAUUGUUUCAGCACAGACAUUGGGAAGCAUACCAUCACAAGCCUUUAAAACAUUCAGCACUCCAGAUGGAUUUUACCCAGUGCCAGCCAUGACUUCUACUCCAUUGUCCAUCUCUCACAAUCACUUUGUAAUUCCCUCGCCUCCUCCACUUCCUUCUGGUCUACCAUCUGGUGUUGAUGCUAGUAAUUCAGCAAUUGAACUUAUAAAACGACGUCGUGCAGCAAGAAACAGUGGUUCAACUGCAGGUGAUAGUGCUGAUCACCAGAGCACAAAGAACAUUCCUAGUAUGAUGGAUGUUUUGAAAGACCUAAACAAAGUUCAGUUGCGAGCUAUUGAGAGGUCACCUGGAGGUACUCCUCUUUCUAGACCCCAAAAGAGGCAAAGUUCAGAUUGGGAUCCAGUUGCUCUACUAACUCAUGCACUAAAGCAGAAAUUUGCAUAUAAAAAUGGUGAAGAUGAUGAUUCUGUGGACAAAGAAAACCGAUCUUUUGAUAGCUCCCCGUUUUCUAGUCCAGAGAUCCCACUGGUUGGACGUUGCAGUCUGAAGGCAAAUGCAAAAUCUAGCCUUAUAAGAACUGAUGAAGUUAAACAGGUACCAACGUGGAAAGUGAGAGCUCUUAUUUAACUGAUGGAGACUUCUGAGGAAACUUCAUAGUGUGUACAAGUGGCAGGUCUACUUUGAAACUGCUGUAAGUUUCCCAGCAGCCAAACUUGUGGAUGUAAUGCUUUUAUGAAAAGCACAGAACCAAAAGAAGGCUUUUAUUGCUAUGGAGCAGUGUGUUUGAAACCUGGGCAAUGCAGGAAAGAAGUGCGUGUGAAAGAAAAAUAAUUAUUGGUGUGGCAGCUGAGGUGUGUGGUCUGUUUGCAUUUCAGUGUAAAUAACGAGGAAGGGUAAACUUCUUGAAAAUGUGUUUACAUACAACUGACUGUAUAUAAUGGUAGCUAAUACUGUUUUAUUAGAAUGGUAUAGUUGCCUCAGUUUUCCUUGCAGUUUGCUGAUGCAACUCCAUAUUCCAUGUGCAAACAAUAUUCUAAUUUAUUUUGGGUCAGUAGAUGAACUUUUAUGUUUGUGAAGCCUUGUUGUGCUGUAAGUAAACUACAGGCUGUCUGUUAAAUGCCCAUAUUAUGGGGGAGUUGUGUUCUGAGAUAAAAAAGACCUUGUAGAGAGAUCUGCUAGCACAUAGUCUAAAUUCCAUGUUAAACAUUAAAUCCCUCCUUAGCUUCUCCAUAUGAAGUCUGUUUUGCUCACAAGAGUUUAUAAAAUAAAAUUUCUGUUAUAUCAUAGAUGUCUUGUGGUAGUGGCAUUUUGUGUUGCAGACUAACUUUUUUGUUAAGAACUGACCAUAUUAGACAACUUCUUAAAAAAAUUGUAUGAUAUGAAAUUAAUUAAAAUAGAGCUUACAUUUUUCCUGCCAGAGUACUUAAGAGUCCCUUAUUUGCAAAUUUAUUGUGAUCCCCUGCUUACAAUAGCUGCCUUCACUUCUUCUUUUGUCUAAUGAUCCUGAUGUAUAAAACGAAAAUCCUAUCAAUUAGACUGUUGAAUAUGUCCCUUGUAUGUCCUGUGUCCCCCAUAUUUCCCUGCUCACUUACACAGAGUAGACUGGCAGAUGGAUUCCCUCUUACUGCUGAGUCUUAUUUGCACAAUUGUAAGAAAUUACUGUGCAAAUCCCAUACUUCUGUUUUAAAAGUUGUCUUUUGUCUAAAACUGGAGCUUAAGUGACUUGCAAUUUUAUGCUUCUAAAGUUAUGUCUUCUAGAUAUUUUUUUCUGAAUUGAGCGAUUACUGAACUUUAUCACAUUCUCCCAUUCCUCUCUUGGUCCAUAACAGUUUGACCUUCCCUUUUGCUCCGCUUUCAAAAUACGCAUUUGCCUCAUUCUCUAUCUAAACUUGACAACUGCUAUGAAAUCCAUACAGAAUAGCCAGCUUGGCCUUGUGCUUAGCAAUCUUGCACUCUUCUAUCGAAGCUCCCCAUUGUUUUUUGUCUGCUGCUGUGGUCUCUGAUAUUUGCAGGGGCAGCAGGGAGCAAUGGUGAGGGAAGUCCAUGCAGUGCCUGCAGAAGAGGAUAUGAAGGGCAGUGAGUCUUGCAUACAGGUCUCCCUUACAAGUAAAGACCCAGUAGCUUUGAAGAAAAUGGCAUGUGGCCAGA